AUGCCCACUUCUGCUAUAGACGACCUUGUUCACAACAUACUCGCUGAAGUCGCUUCUACGAUUAUGAGCAUCCCCGCAUCACCUACGCUUGUCAAUGGAAUACCCUCCCGAACACAGACACCCUUCAUCCACGCUUCAUCGCCUUCACCUUCGAUUGAACUCAGUCACGCAUCGGAUGAACAAGAAUUUGCUACACGUCUGAUCUCUGCCAUCCACAUCCCCGUCAACUUCAUCAAUAUUCUCGUCGCCCUAUGGAAUCGCCCGUAA